AUGGGGAGAGGGAAAGUUGAAUUAAAGAGAAUAGAGAACAAGAUAAGUAGACAGGUGACAUUUGCAAAGAGAAGAAAUGGGCUGCUGAAAAAGGCUUAUGAGAUCUCUGUGCUAUGCGAUGCCGAGGUUGGUCUCAUCAUCUUCUCCAGCCGUGGCAAGCUCUAUGAGUUCUGCAGCAGCUCUAGCAUGUCCAAGACACUUGAAAGAUAUCAAAAAUGCAGCUAUGAAGCACAUAAAAUGAAUCAAUCUUCCAGUGAUGGACAGAGCAUGUACCAGGAGUAUUUAAAACUUAAAGCAAGAGUUGAGAUGCUUCAAAAAUCUCAGAGGUAUUUUCUUGGUGAAGAUUUGGGACAGUUGGGAACAAAGGAUCUUGAGCAGCUUGAGUGUCAACUAGAUGCAACUUUGAAGCAAAUAAGAUCGACAAAGACUGGAUAUCUGCUUGAUCAGCUUUCUGAUCUUCAACAAAAGGAAAAGACCCUGCUGGAAGUAAAUAAAUCUCUCAAUAGCAAGCUAGAACAAUAUAAUGCAGCACUUCAUUCAUCAUGGCAAUCUGGGGAACACAGCAUUCCACACAGAUUCCAGCCUCCUCAGCUUGAGCAGUUCUUUGAGCCUCUUCAGUGCAGCAACACAUUGCAAAUUGGAUACAAUUGUGUGGCAUCGGAUAAUAGUGCAGCAUCCACACAAGGUGCAAAUGGAAUCCUGCCAGGAUGGAUGCAUUCACUCUGA